CCCGGCCGAGCCGAGCCGCUGCGCCCGCGCCCGCCGCCAGCCGCGCGCCUAGCGGAUCGGAGCCGUGCGCGGAGCUGUCCUGCCCCGCCCCGCCCCACCCGCGAGGGUGGCCCGAGGCAGCCGGGAUGACAGCUCUCCCCAGGAAUCCUGCUACCUGCUGAGAAACAUGAGCAGCAAGUCCCGCUGGAAGAUCCUGGCCAUGUUGGCUCUGGUCCUGGUUGUCAUGGUGUGGUAUUCCAUCUCCCGAGAAGACAGGUACAUUGAGCUUUUUUAUUUUCCCAUCCCAGAGAAGAAGGAGCCGUGCCUCCAGGGUGAGGCAGAGAGGCAGGCCUCUAAACUCUUUGGCAACUCCUCUCGAGAUCAACCCAUCUUCCUGCAGCUUAAGGAUUAUUUCUGGGUCAAGACACCGUCUGCCUAUGAGCUGCCCUACGGGACCAAGGGGAGUGAAGACCUGCUCCUCCGGGUGCUAGCCAUCACCAGCUACUCCAUACCCGAGAGCAUCCAGAGCCUCAAGUGCCGCCGCUGCGUGGUGGUGGGGAACGGGCACCGGCUGCGGAACAGCUCGCUGGGAGAUGCCAUCAACAAGUACAAUGUGGUCAUCAGAUUGAACAACGCCCCAGUGGCUGGCUAUGAGGGUGACGUAGGCUCCAAGACCACCAUGCGUCUCUUCUACCCUGAAUCCGCCCACUUCAACCCCAAAGUGGAGAACAACCCGGACACACUCCUCGUCCUGGUAGCUUUCAAGGCAAUGGACUUCCACUGGAUUGAGACCAUUCUGAGUGAUAAGAGGCGGGUACGAAAGGGUUUCUGGAAACAGCCUCCCCUCAUCUGGGAUGUCAACCCCAAACAGGUUCGGAUUCUCAACCCUUUCUUCAUGGAGAUUACAGCUGACAAACUGCUGAGCCUACCAGUGCAGCCACGCAAGGUUAAGCAGAAGCCCACCACUGGCCUGUUGGCCAUCACCCUGGCCCUCCACCUCUGCGACUCAGUGCACAUUGCUGGCUUUGGCUACCCGGACGUCUACAACAAGAAGCAGACCAUUCACUACUAUGAGCAGAUUACGCUCAAGUCCAUGACGGGGUCAGGCCAUAACAUCUCCCAAGAGGCCCUGGCCAUCAAGCGGUUACUGGAGAUUGGAGCCGUCAAGAACCUCACGUACUUCUGAUGCGGGCAAGAGCUGUAACCCAUCAGUUGCCAACUCCACUGCCUGGGUGACCCCCAUCCAUGGCUGUGGGGGUGCCUGGUGCCAGCGUGAGCCACCUGGACUUACUCUCCCCUGUGUAGGGAGGGGUCCUGGGACUGGCCAGAUCUGAGAUGAGGCCAUGCCCCUGGCUGUUCUUGUGGAGCCCAGAUCCCAUCAGGAUGGAGGCACUGGGGCUAUGGGAGCCUGGCCAGGUCGGGGGGCCCAUUGCUGUGGCAUCUCCUCUCUGCCAGCAUCAAGACAUUAUUUAAUGGGCUAUUUAAUUAAGGGGUAGGAGAGGGCUGUGGGCUGGUCCUAUGGCAUCCAUGAAAAGGGGCACAGUAGUGUUCUGCCCACUUUUUAUAAAGACUUACAUGUGAUGGGUCCACCCAGAGCAGGCCUCCCAGGAAGACGUGGGCGUCAAGACGUGGGUGGAUGCCCAUUAGAGAGGGGCUGCUACCUCCCAGCAGGCUUGGGAAGAGCACAGGUGUGAAGGUCCCUCUGAGAAGGGGACCUCACCUAGAAAAGAGGCUGCAAAC